GUCCAACAAGUACAGAGCAUAUAAACCCUGUAUCUACCAAGAUUACCUUGUGUUCUCCUGGUUUUGAAAUUGGACCAUCUGGCAGCUGCAUGGAUAUAGAUGAAUGUGCCAUAAACAAUGGAGGCUGCUCCCACACCUGUCAGAACACGCUUGGAGGAGCAAACUGCCUCUGCCCUACUGGCUUCAUGCUUGGAAAUGACUGGAAGUCUUGUAAAGUUUGUGCACCUGGGUACAUGCACACCUCUGAAGGACAAUGUGAAGAUGUGGAUGAAUGCGCUAUACAAAAUGGUGGCUGCAUGCAGGGCUGUGUAAAUAUCAGGGGCAGCUACCAUUGCCUCUGCGGACGUGAAUUCUUUCUUGGAGCUGAUGGGAAAACUUGUAUUGAAGAACGAAUGGACAUUGUAUGUCCACCAUUGCCUACCCCACCAUAUGGCUAUCUACAUUGCACAAGGCGAGCUUUUAUGGUGGCCCCAGAGUGGUGGCGAGCUCGUUGGCGUCAGAGGAUCGUGAAUCACGCGGGAGCAGUUUGCGAGUUGAGAUGUCCACAAGGGUACAGAGUACGUGGGGAGUUCCGAAAACUUUGCGAAUCAAGUGGCAGCUGGGCUGGUCCGCAGGAUGGGAUUUGCUUGCCGUCCCCAAAGCCAAGCAUUGAAUGUCCGCAUAAUAUCAGUGUGAAGAUCGAACCAGAUCAGGCUACAGCAUUUGUUGUCUUCCCGCAACCCACGACAGAUGUUGACUGGUUCAGGAAUGUGGUUUCCAAACCAAGCUGGGGCAAACUCCUGGAGGCUGUACUUCCUCCUGGACACUGGCCAGUGACAUUCACUGCCCGCCAUCCAAUCUCACGCCACACAGCAUCAUGUACCCUAGACAUCACCGUCAGAAUGUCGAGUGUAUUGACAGAAGUGCCACGAGAGAAAGUUUAACAACUCUGGUGAAAUGGCAGGGUAUGAAGUCUGACAGUUGUCAGUGGAUGAAUUCUGGAAUGGCCUGGAUACUUAUUAUCAAGAUUGACUAAUUUAUUUUGGCAAAUGAUUGCUGAGGUUCCUGUAACUGUUGGAUGGAUUCGAUUUACAUUCAUAAUCUUUAUACCAAGCUAAUUUUUAUAGACUGUUUUUUUUUCUGUAAAAUGUAUGUAUUUAUUUCCAUCUCGUAAAUUUUCAUAAAAGAAUGCAUGAUGGGACGGUGUCUUAUCAGCUGCACCUGAAUCUUUGGCUGUGAGAGACAGAUGAAAAGAAUUCAGAAAUGUUGUCAGUUAAAUCAGGUUUCAGUUUAUAAUUUUGAUAAUGACAAAUUAAUGAAGAUGUAGAUGAUUUAUUGAGAGAGUGAAAAUUCAUUUAAGCUCUUCAA